CUAUAAAUAGGUAUGGCUCCUCCCUCGCUCUUGCGUACCUAUCUAUCAUCUAGUUUUUUGAAACUUGUUUGAUCAUUUUUGGAUAUCCCAGGUAGGCUGGUUUCCAACAAUGGCUAAAUAUUGGAAGUGUUUAGCACUUGUUGCAUUGCUAGUUUCAACCUGUGCCUCUGUUUCUGAAAACCGAGUGGCAAGAAAAGACCUUGGCAUAGAUCUGGGAGGUAUUGGGCUUGGUGUGGGUAUUGGAGUUGGUCUUGGGCUUGGCGGAAAUGGUUCGGGUUCCGGUGCAGGUGCUGGCUCAGGUUCUGGGUCUGGUUCUCGUUCCAGUUCUAGUUCUAGCUCAUCUUCAUCAAGUUCAAGUUCUGGUUCAGGCUCCGGAGCAGGGUCAGAAGCGGGUUCAUCAGCUGGAUCUUAUGCGGGGUCAAGGGCCGGGUCAGGUGGAAGAGGCUAGGUUCCAGGUCCACAAAUGGAAGAUCUUGAGUAGUGUUUGCUUGUCAAAGUAAAAAAGAAGUCUGAAGCAGUCAUCACCAUUAUAAAUAUAAUAUGAAUAAAUAAGUGGAUGGUGAGUUUAUUUUCUUUUGUGUGUUGGUAAGAAUCUUUUGUCAAAAACUGUCAAUUGCCAUGGCAAAAAUCAUUGUCAGCUCAAAAUCUUCCUUUUUCACUUUUUAAUUGUGUCUUUCCUCCUCCUUUUAAUUUGUAAUAUCUUUCAAAUUAACUGCAUAUGGGAAAAAAAAUCAAUAAACGUUAUAAGCAAUCUAUUAUUCA